AGUUAUGACUUUCAAACUCUGAUAAAAGCAAAAGAUAGUGAACACAUAAUUUGUUUCCUGAUAUCAAUAUUUUGAAGCUCAAUUUUACAAGCUCGCGACUCGGUUUUUUAUGUUUUUCCAAAUUUAGUAAUAUGUACGAUUCGACCAUUUAAUUGAAUUAUUCAAGUCUGUUUGCAUCUUGCAUGACAUUUUUGGUUGAAAGCUCAUUUUGUAGUCCUGCUAUCAAAAAUGAGUCCCCUCUAAAUUAAUUAGCGCCAAAAUUAAUUAUUUACUGUACUCAAUCUCAUAGGUUUGUCAUAGCUCGUCAUUCACAAAGCAAUUAUAAACAAGUCUACAAACUCAAUGAAUUUGACUUAAUGCAGCAAAUAAAAACAAAACGUUCAAGUUGAAUUUAAUCCAUCGAGCUUUUUAACAAUAGUUAACGCAGUUAAUAAACUCGUUUUCAAGGGAACAGACUCGAUUAGUAUUUACAGAAAAAUACCGAUCACAAAUCCAACGUGAAAUAUGGAGCAUCAAAACAGAAGCAAUUCUGUAACUCAAUCAUCAUCAGACGAUGAAUGUCUUUCGGCGACUACCGAUCAUCGCGAGGAGUAUCAGGAACCCGAAUCGUCAUUUUCAGCAUCUCUCAAACCCCCUGACAAACUCACCUGGCAGGUCAUAAUGGCAACCGUCUUCAGCACUUUAGGUUGCAUGAACUUCGGCUACGCAUUAGGAUGGAGUGCUCAGUCCAUUGACAACAUAAAAGACGAUCCAGACAUGCCAAAUUUCUCCGACACGCAAAACAGCUGGAUCUCGUCCAUUCUCACCAUCGGAGCUAUCCUGGGCACAUUCAUCGGAGCAGACCUGUCAGACCGACUGGGCAGGCAGCAGACACUGAUUGCCACAGCUAUAGUGGCCGUAGGCGGAUGGAUUGUGGUAUGCUUGGCGAACAGUUUCGUCCUAGUGGCCGUCGGCCGAUUCGUGGUCGGAAUGUCCAUCGGAAUGGUCAACACGUCUUCACCGCCCUACAUAGCGGAGAUCACUCCCCCCAACUACCGAGGGGUGACGGGGGGUCAGUUUCAGAAUGGUGUCAACGGGGGCAUCUUCAUCUGCCUCCUCAUCGCCCCCUAUCUGCCCUGGAGAACCCUCUCGGUUCUGGGGUUGAUUUUCCCCUCUCUGAUGGGGGUGGGGUUGAUGUUCAUGAGGGAGAGUCCGGUUUGGCUGUUAUCAAAAGGCCAUAUUGACAAGUACGAUAAGAGUUCACGCUUUUUCGCUGGAUCCACUCACGUGUUUUACACCAACAUAGCACCCUCUUUCAGUGAGAGCCAGAGCCAGCAGGGCCCGACCGAAAGUGUUUCUGUGAGAUGGAGGAAGUUGUUAAGGAACCCACAGACGUAUAAACCCCUGUUGCUCUGCAUGUUCAUGGCCCUAGCAUUCCAACUGUCCGCCGUCACAGUCAUCACUUUCUACAACGUCACUAUAUUCUCAAACGCAGGUCUGAGUUCGAGCAAGGCGAACAUGAGCAGCCAGAUCCUGGGUGCCUUCCAGCUGAUCAUAGGAGUCGCAGGCAGUGUCCUCUCCACCACAUGGCGACGCAAACCACACUUCCUCACGUCCAGUUAUCUGACGAGUAGUGGAUUGUGCCUGAUAGCAAUAUCCUUCCUGGUCAAGGAGAAAUGGUACGACUCAAG